AUGGCUCCUCGUCCAGAAGUCAGAGAUACCUUGUCUCCCACUCUUGAUGAUGCAGAUACGGCACCCAAAGACUCAGUCGUCCUGCCAGCAUAUUCUACAGAGGACAAGUAUGAGGAUGACCCCUGGAACCUCCCUGAACUGCAGGACAAUGGACUCAAGUGGUCAGAGUUGGAUACCAAAGGGAAGGUUUUGCGGGUUCUGACUGCCAUUGUCAAGUUCAUUCUGCUGGUUGGAUUUCUCUACAUGUUCGUUUGCUCUCUAGACGUCCUGAGCUCUGCUUUCCAGCUAGUUGGAGGUAAGGCAGCUGGGGACAUCUUCCAGGACAAUGCGGUGCUGUCCAACCCUGUGGCUGGCCUGGUGAUUGGAGUGCUGGUCACAUUGUUAGUCCAGAGUUCUAGCACGUCCUCCUCUAUUGUGGUCAGCAUGGUGUCUUCUGGAUUGCUGGAGGUCCAGUCUGCAGUGCCAGUCAUUAUGGGAGCCAACAUUGGAACCUCAGUCACCAACACCAUUGUGGCCAUGAUGCAGGCAGGGGACAGAAAUGAGUUCCGCAGGGCGUUUGCUGGUGCCACAGUGCAUGACUUCUUCAACUGGCUGUCUGUGCUGAUCCUGCUGCCUCUGGAGGCAGCUACUGGUGUCCUGUACAAACUCACCAAGAUCAUCAUCGACUCCUUCAACAUCCAGGGGGGAAACAACGCCCCUGACCUGCUCAACGUUAUCACCGACCCUCUCACUGAUGCCAUCAUAGAGCUGGACAAAAAUGUAAUCAGUGACAUUGCCACCGGUGACCCAGCAGCCAGAAACAAGAGUUUGAUCAAAAUCUGGUGCAAAACAGAGAAAAUCACGACUCUUGCGAAUAUAACAGUUCCCUCAGAUGCCAAUUGCACGACCGGUGCCCUCUGUUGGGUGGAAGGCAACAAGACAUUGACCCAGAUAAAUGUCACUGAAACAAUCAAUCUAGAGAGAUGCAACCAUAUCUUUGUUUAUGCUAACCUGCCUGACCUGGCUGUGGGCCUCAUUCUGCUGGCCAUAUCCCUGCUCAUCCUCUGUACCUGCCUCAUCCUCAUUGUCAAGCUGCUCAACUCGAUGCUUAAGGGACAGGUGGCUGUGGUCAUCAAGAAAGUGCUCAACACAGACUUCCCUUUCCCCUUUGGCUGGGUCACUGGUUACAUUGCCAUCAUGGUCGGAGCAGGAAUGACCUUCAUUGUCCAGAGCAGCUCUGUCUUCACCUCUGCAAUCACUCCCCUUGUUGGUAUUGGUGUUAUUAGCCUUGAGAGAGCUUAUCCUCUGACAUUGGGCUCAAAUAUUGGCACAACUACCACUGCUAUUCUUGCUGCUAUGGCUGCUCCUGGAGAAACACUGGCCAACUCACUGCAGGUUGCACUGUGCCAUUUCUUCUUCAACAUAGCGGGGAUUCUGCUGUGGUACCCCAUCCCCUUCACUCGGAUCCCCAUCCGCUUGGCCAGAGCCCUGGGGAACCGCACAGCCAAGUACCGUUGGUUCGCAGCGCUCUACCUCUUACUCUGCUUCCUCCUCAUGCCCCUGUCCAUCCUGGGGCUCUCCCUGGCCGGCUGGCAAACCCUGGUUGGGGUGGCCGUACCCAUUGUUGUCCUCGCCAUCUUCAUCAUCGUUGUUAACCUGAUGCAGGCACGUUGCCCUCAGUACCUGCCCAGCGGGCUGCGUGACUGGGACUCCCUGCCCCGCCCCCUGCACUCCAUGGCCCCCUGGGACCGUGUGGUGACUUCAGGCAUGGCCUUCUGCAGCGCUCGCUGCUGCUGCUGCAAGUACUGCCAGAGUACUGACGAUGAAGAGAAGGGUUUGCAGGAGAGGAAGAAGAGUCUGGAGAUAUAUGAUAACCCAGUCCUAACCAGAGACGAUGAGCCGCAAGAGAUCUCCAAGGAAACUAUGAAAGCCACACAGCUCUAA